AUGGACACCAUAGUUGGAGACCGUAUUCUAGUUCUGUGUGGAAAGGAACACUGUGCUGUGUUUGUAAUUUCAACAACAGGAGAUGGUGAAUGUCCCGAUAAAGCCCAAAAAUUUAUUCGUCGUAUCAAAAAACGAACCCUACCAGCUGAUUAUCUGAGUAACUUGAAUUACAGUUUGUUGGCUCUAGGAGAUUCAAACUACAAUAAUUUCUGCAACUGUGGUAAAAGUCUUGACAAAAGACUGAAAGAACUUGGAGCCAAGCAGUUUUUCCAGUCUGGGUAUGCUGAUGAUGCUGUUGGAUUGGAAACUGUAGUUGAACCAUGGAUUGAUGGUUUAUGGGAAGGUUUGAAGAACAUUCUGAACAUACAACUACCCAAGACAAACAUAGUUGAUACUGAUAUUAUUAUUACCCAGUCUGAAAAAAAUAGGAUCAUGCCAUUAACAGAAAAAACAUUAUCGGAUUCUGUUUCAGUGAAUGGAAUUUAUGUUACUAAGAAAGGUUUUGAUUCCAAGGAAAAUGUAGAAAGUAUAUCUAAAGAAGGUCUCUCUAACCAUUCUGCUAUUUCUCUAGAAGUGAAUAAAGAAGAAACUGGUUUUGUUCAGGAACAGUCACAUGAAAAUAUUCACUUUCAGCAUACUUCAACUCCAAGUGUAAAUGUACUUGUUGAAUCCACAUCAUCUUGGAAAACUACUGAUCUUAGGGUACCAAAUUUACCUAAACCAUUCCUUAAGGUUUCUUUCUGCCCAGAAGAUAAUGUGGAUCUGAAUAAAGUACCAAUUCAGAACAACUGUCCACUUCCUGGGUCUUGUUCCUCGGUAUUUGAGGCAAAAAUUUUGCAAGCUAGAUUUUUAACACAUUCGGAUGCUGUGAAAACAACCUUGGAAAUGGUGAUUGAUAUUAAGGAUAGUGGAACUUCUUACCAACCUGGAGACUCGUUUGGAAUUAUAUGUCCAAAUCCUGAUGAUGAAGUUCAAGCUUUAUUAGAAAGAUUAGAGGUGUCAGCUAAGGCAGAUAUUUGUUGCAAGCUUUCACAGAUUGAUACAAGUGGAAGUAAGUCCCUUUCUAAAGUACCCCACCUGCCUCAUCAUUCCACACUAAGAUUUAUUUUGUCAACAUGUUGUGAAAUUAGAGCUGUUCCUAAAAAGGCAUUCCUAAGAAGCCUCGCUGAGGCCACUUCUAAUGAAAAAGAGAAAGUGCGUUUGCUUGAGUUAUGUAGCAGGGAGGGUAAUGUAAACUACAUGCAAUUGAUUAGGGAGCCUGAACUUUGUCUUCUAGAUUUACUGAUGUCUUUUCCAUCCUGUAAACCAAGUAUUGGAAUCGUCCUUGAGCAUCUUCCAAGACUCCAACCCAGAUUUUAUUCUGUCACAAGCUCCCCACUGUUGUGUCCUACUCAGUUCACCAUAGCUUUUAAUGUUGUGCAAUUUCCUAAAGAAAGUGGAAGGUGGCAAGCUCGUCAAGGGGUGUGCACAGGACAUUUACAGAGAAUCUCAUCAGAUGUACUAGGUUCUUCAAAUCUAUCAUCCUCAUCUCUUGAAGAAUCUUUGAAGUCAAUGGUUUUGGAAUCUUCUAGAUGGGUCAAGGUUUAUCACAGACGCAACACUCAUUUCUACUUACCUAAUGACAUCACUGUUCCUCUAAUCAUGGUGGGACCUGGAACAGGUGUGGCACCAUUUAUUGGAUUUUUACAACACAGAGAGCAACAAAAGAAGAAUUAUCCUUCUGAUGUGAAAUUUGGGGAAACGUGGCUGUUUUUCGGCUGCAGACACAGAGAGAAGGAUUUCCUUUACAGGGAAGAACUGGAAUGCUUACAAGCCACUAAUGCUUUGACCAGGCUUCUCGUCUCUUUUUCUCGUGAUGAAACUCCAAAUGAUGAGCCCGAAAAUUUUUGCCCUCGUUAUGUUCAAGACAACAUCAAAGCAAAUGCCUUAGACAUUGUCCAGUUGCUAGAACAGAAAGCUGUAGUCUAUGUUUGUGGAGAUGCUAAACAUAUGGCAAAGAAUGUGUUUGAAACCUUUAUCUUCUGUUACCAAAUGGCCAAAGGUUGUUCGGAGGCUGAUGCUAAGGCAUACUUCAAAACAAUGCAAGAGGAACAUAGAUAUUUACAGGAUGUAUGGGCAUGUAGAUGAGUAUCUCAUCCAUGUUUCUGGAAAUGUUCAUAUGGCUGAUACAGGAAGCAAAACGUGUAUAUUAAUGAGGAACUACCAACUUUAUAAAAAAAUCUAUUAUAAAAAAAAAAAUAUGAAAAUGUUAGUUUUAUAGAAAUAUUUGUAUAUAUCGAAAGAGAUAAGUGUUUAUAAAGUUGUGUGUUUUUUCAUUUGCUUAAACUACAGAAGUUAAUCAUCUGAAAACUCCAAUCUUUGAAAAGUUUUAUUUCCAAACCUUACCUCUCACCACUUAUAUCCAUUAUUUUGACUGCCAGUGUCUUACUUUGUCCAACUAAGCAUUGAUUUGAUUUUAUCUUGCUUGCUCCAGUCUUUUAUACCCCACUCAAUUGCACCUACAUCAACUGUAUAUAAGCACCUGAUUCUGGUAAUGUUAUCACUUUUUCUUGACAAAGCAAUUAGGAAUGGGUUUCUCAAAACAAAAAAAAGUACUGUGACUGUUUCAUGGGUGCAAUGUCUCAAGGUCUAAAAUUAUUGAAGAGGAGAAUCAUCGUGCUUCGUUACAACAAUUCCAUGGUGGUAUCUUACACUUCCCAUCAAGGGGACACUGGAUCAUGGGAUAUUUCUUUUUGAACAUUGGAUCUUUUUUAUUAGGCUCACUCCUAUCAUAUCAGCCUACUAGCAUGCCAUGUUCUGGAGAUGAUGAAUUUGAUAGCAGGUCAUUUGUCUCAACCCAAAUGGAUUCUCCCAACUGAAUGAUUGCUACAUUGCGAGGUUUUCUGGUGGAGUUGAUCUUGGUUUGGGACACUGUUGAUUGAGGCAUUCGCCACUCAUUGGGACUAUCAACUACAGGCAUUUUAGCCCCUGGUACCUCAUCUUCGGGUAUUGGCGAUAUAUGCAUUCAGUCAGGACUGGAUGGGAUUACACCAAUUUUUCUGUUACUCAGAGUUCUGGCUAUGGUUUGAUCUACCCUUUGUCAUGUGCUGUUAGUAGCCCUAGGUUUGGCUGGCUGAACCAUGGCUUUCUCUUCUUUGGUAUCUUCAAGAGUGCUUACCUCUGCCACUUCCUCUUUGGCCAUUUCUGUUGAGGCAGCCACGAUCUGACAUUAUACACCCACAUAUUCUGAAGCUAAAGCUUCAUGAAUGGAAGUUAUGUGGUCCUUCCUUUGGCAUUGGGGUUUAACUUCUAAAGUUGCCAUGUAUUUGUCUCAAUUUUUCCAUAGACCCACAAUGGGCAUUUAUCAAAAGAAAUGACACACUUAUCGACAAUGGUGUCUCGUGAGGUAAUUGGACCCCAUUUUGCCCAACUGUGCCAAUACAAGGCAGCUUUAUUGACAACACUUCGAUACUCAAAAAGUCGGAAAUUAUUUUAGGCCCCAAUGUUAUCCGGCCUUCUCAAGUCGUUUGAGUCCUUCGUCUCAAAAGGCCUUUUUAAUUACCUAACUAGGAUGUUAAAGUGGUAUUACAUGCUUUGUCUUGACAUUCUUUCAAGCCUAUAGCCUCAGGUACCAUGUAUCACCUUUCCCUUAAAGUUUAACUUUUGUUGUUACUUGUCUGAAUGUACACAGGACUCUUUAUCACUGUAUUUACAUACUUCUAUACCCAGACAGGUCCUUCCUACCUAAGACUCUACCAGCCAGGGAAGGGGAUAAAUUCUUCUCACCAAUUAAUUUGCCUGCUCUUUCUCACCUCUAUGACCACUCAGACCCCGAUCGCUUGUUAUGUCCACUCGGGGCCCUGAAAUGUUAUUUGGCUCACACUAACUCCUUUAGAGGUGAUAGACACCAACUUUUUAUUCACUGGGCUCCUUCAGUUUCCCAUGAUUUAUCCCUGAUUACCUUGACGAGAUGGGUUUGAAAAUGUAUCUAUAUUGCUUAUUCUGGACUCUCUUUACAGGCCAGGAAACUUCUGCAAGUCACGUCUCAUCAGAUUUGUCACAUCUCUAUGUCUUUAGCUGCCCAGUUGAAUAAAUUGGGGUCAGUUUGUUUUUAAAAAUUUAGGGAACUUGGUUCACAUAUUGCACUGUUUCCAGAGUACUGUUUCUCAGAGCUCCCCAAUUUGCAUUACAACCCCCCCCCCCAGUUGCUACUAGUUACUUCCUCCGCUCUUAGAGAAGUGGGCAAAGUUGGGCUCUCCUACCCGAGUCCCUGGAUGUUUUUUUCCCAGAUGUCAGUAGGAGUGGCACAAGCCUACAUGGGAGUCCACUGUCUUUUUGUAAUUCUGAAUGUGGAUUGGUCCCAUCCUGGGUCCUUGGUUGAGCACAGUUGUUCCAGUUUGAAUGUACCUUGCCUACAUGGAUGAGGAGUGAGAAUGAGUGUUCAUAAUUCCAGACUGAAUGAGUUCUGUUUUGUUAGAUUGAAUAAGGCAUACGUGAUCCUGUCAUUCCGAGCCUAGAGUGUAGCCCUUUGGUCUUCUUCAGGUUGAGGAAAAAGUUCAUCCACUUCAUUGUUGCUUACUUUCUCAUUUUGAUUCUGGUGGCUUGGAACACAUCAUCUACCAAUUUGGGAUAUAGAGACCAUGACCACUUAAUUCCAACCCCGAGUAGUGGAACCUUGGCUAUCUGGUUGGGUCCUGGCCUAUAGUGAUGAUAACUCGUGUGAAAUCCCACCCACAAUACAGGAAAUAAGUUCUGGGUGAAAGGCAUACCCAUUCUGGAUGUAGUGCAGUUCCCUCACUGAGGUGCCAAUUUUCUAUUGACACACUCUUAAUCUGUGCAGAUGUUUUCUGUAUGAAUACUGACUUUAUCAGAUUCCAGCUAUAAGUGGGAGAGGAAGUAAGUAUGUUUUGGAAGUUAACAUUUUCUUAUAUCAGAAAUGUAUUUCCAAUAACACUUACCUCUGCUGACACUCUCCUGCCCUUCCUCCCCACUAAGAGCCAUUGUUAGAGACUGGGAUUGAAUCAUUCUCGAAAAAAUUAUAACAUUAUCUGAAUAAGGUGCUUAUAUACAGUACCAGGAUAGAGGCCGCAUUGACAUAUAUGGAGAGUGUCACGAGAUAAAUAUCGCCAAAUGCAAUUGAGUGGGGUUUUAAAGACUGGAGCAAAAAUCAGAUCAAUGCAUAGAUAGGCAAAGGAAGAAACCCUGGCAGUCAAGUAAUAGCUACAAGUUGGAGAAAAGUAUGUAAGUAUUAUUUUCAAUUACAGAAAAUGUUAACUUUUUUAUUUAACCUUCCCAUAUUCCUCUAAUUGAAGAUCAUUUUAUCCCAUUUGAUACUACUACUACAGCUGUAAUUUGUUUGAAAUUCACUUAGAAAUUAAAGUGAAAAGGAAUAUUUUUUUUUCUUUUAGUAACCAAGUCUCAUAUACUUUCAUGUAAAAAUGGUUCACUUUCGACUUUACUUUGUUGGUGGAACAUUUGAUGUAUGUUGGAUAUCCACUGUGAUGUUGAUAAAAUAUAAUGCUCAGUAGCAUUGUAAUACAUGCAAACAUGUGCCCUCCUUCCCCCAAAAGUACAAAUGUUUUUACACCCCCAAGAGGCAACAAACAUUAUGUUAGAGCUAAAUGCAACUUUUCUUGAAUAAGGGAGUUCUUUGGGCCCACAAGUUUGAAACUAUGCCAUUAAAUAUGCAACUGCAGCUUUUAGUAUUCAAUUAUUUCUUAUUUACACUUAGCUACACCUUUUUAUUUUUAGUUGCUUAACAAAUGACUUUUUUUUAUGUAUAUUACAUUAAUAGACACAAUAUCAAUGAAAAUAGUAUGAUUUAUGUUUUUGUAUGGAAACCUUUGAUUGAUUUUUACCAAAUGAACUUUUGCUCCAAGAAGCAAUUAAACAUCUAUUCAGUACUAAUAAAAUUUAUAGAAUUUUGAGAUGAAAUUUGUUAAAUGAAUCUGUGAAGAUCAGUAAAAUGUUUAAUGAUGCACUGAA